GUUCAGUAUGUACAGUACAGGUUUUCAGAUUAUCAGCUUGAGAGUGCAUAUAAAGUUUAACCAGACAACAGAGUGACUCACAGGUUUGAGUAAGUUCUAAUAAUAAAGCCAAGAACCUCUCCACUGACAAUGGCUGCAAAUGCAGAAGACAAUGCUAUGGAAGAGUAUAUUGAGGACAUAAGCAAACUGGAUCCAGAGAAGUCAGUUGUAUGUGUCUUUAAGCAUAACAUGCACUGUGCAGUCUUUAAGGGAACAUACUGGAUUAACAAUUGGCCAAGGAAAUGGAAAGCCCCAAAUGUUCCAGCCCCUGACUGGUUCGGAAAGGAAUCGGGUAUGGAUCUAGCAGAAUGGUACAAAACCUGGAUGAACUUCAAAGCUAGAGAGGAUGAUAUUAUCAUCUCUGCUUAUCCUAAAUCAGGCCACCAUUGGAUGUUUGAGGUGGUCCAUAUGAUACUAAAUCACACCACAGAGAGUGUUAACAAGUGUAAGGAGAACAAUUUCAUUGAAAUGAGAACAAUGGAGGAACUUGACGCAAUACCAUCUCCCAGAAUUCUCUUGACCCAUUUCGAAUACAAUCACAUUGCUCCCGACAUCUUCAAGAAAGGUUGCAAGAUUUUCUAUUUGUACCGGAACCCUAAAGAUGUGGCUGUAUCUUACUUCUAUCACAUGACCACCCUUCAAGCUGUCUAUAAAUUCACUGGAACCUGGGACCAAUACUUUGAUUUAUUAAUCAGUGGAACCCAUGAAUCGGGUCGUUGGUUGGAUAAUGUACCUGACUGGUGGGAGAAGAGCAAGAAUGACAAAAAUACACUCAUACUAAGCUAUGAGCAAAUGAAAAAGAACUUUGUCACAAAUGUAAAGAAAUUAUCAGAAUUCCUUGGGAAAACCUACGACAUGAACUUCUAUGAGGAAGUGGAAAAAGCUUGUAGCAUAAAAGUGAUGAAGAAAAAUCCAAAGCUGGAUUCAUUAACAGAUUUUGUGAAACAAGGAAAGCCUGGCAUGAUUCGUAAAGGUGAAAUAGGAGGAUGGAAGAAUUACUUCACUGUAGCACAGAAUGAACUCUUUGAUGCAGAGUACAAUAAAGUUAUGGUGAACCAUAAGGACCUCACAGUGGAGUUUGAAUAAUUCAGAAUAAAUGUUUGGUAUACUUGCUGUGGUUCAAAAUAUGGAAAGAGAGGAGAGCAAUGAGGACCAUGUUUGAUAUAACUAAUAAACAUAUUAGAGACAUUCUAUAUUAUACUUUUAUAAAGAUAUGAUCUACAUGUAUUGCAUUUAGCAGAUUUCAAGCAAUUUCAAACAAGUUGAAAAAAUACCUUUUUUUACCUUUUUUUACCUUGAGAAGGUCAUUGAAGGUCAAAUCCUAAAUCUAUAGUCAGAUUUGAACUUCUGAGAAUUUGUAGAUGAUUUCGAAGAAAACAUUUAAUCAAUAUGAAGCAAAUUG